GACUGCCAUGUGUAACUGUGUGUCUCGACUCAUGCCAGGGGGCUCAUGUAGUCAUGUGUUGAGAAACGCCUUUAAAUAGCUCUCCUCGCCAUAGAAGAUUCGUUCAACUGAGAGCAGGAGAGAGGAAGAGAGAAAAGAGAAAGAGAGAGCUAGGGAACAGAAAAGGGAGAAAAGGAGAGGGAGAUGGUGUCAAGGGAGCAGAAGAGAGCAAGUUUCCAUGAGAAGCUGCAGGUCCUCCGCAGCGUUACCCAUUCUCAUGCGGGAAAUAAAAUGUCAAUAAUAGCUGAUGCAGCAACCUACAUCAAAGAGCUGACGCAGAAAAUCGCGAAGCUGAACCAAGAGAUUGCAUCUGCACAACAUGGCAAAAUUUGCCAAGAACCCUCGCCAUUGGUGAGUGUUGAAGUCCUUGAGAAGGGUUUCCUCAUCAAUGUGUUCAUGGACAAGAGCAGCCCAGGACUACUUUCUACCAUUCUUGAGGCAUUUGACGAGUUAGGCCUUACCGUGCUUGAGGCUAGGGCUUCCUGUGCCGGUUCAUUUCGUCUUGAAGCAGUAGGAGAGGAUGAAGUUGUGGGUGUCAUCGACGCACAUGCGGUGGAGCAAGCAGUGGUGCAAGCAAUCAAGAACUGUCCUUCAAACUAAUCAAGAUAGAGCUGUUUGGUCGAGAUUGAUGCAGAAAGAGUUAGUGCUAAGAGCACAAGAUCUCCAUUCAAACUCUAAGCUAUACCUAUUUAUUUUCCUCAUCUUUUUUGAAGAGAGCAAAUUAUAUUAUCUCUUCCUGCAAGAAGUCUGAGUCUUGCAUGUAAUGCUAGUUUGGGGCAUCUCUUAUUGUAAUGUCAAUAUAUAUUGUUACUACAUCGAUCAAAUUCAAUUUGAAUAGCUAAUUAAGUUUUAUAGUCUGAAAA